UGGCCAACAGGCUUGGACUGGCAAUCUUUGGAUUCUGGCAAAUGUCAGAGUGGCCAUUGUAAGAUGCCACAGAUCUUUAACCAUAUAGCUAUCGCAUGGCAGCUUCUCAGAAUAUGCAAAAACUGCCCAAAAGCCUUUGUUCCCCAUUGAGUUAAACUAAAGACAGAUUUAGGUGGGGUUUUUACCUUCCGCUGGAUCAACAAUAGGCUAUGCAUUAGAAAAGCAUGCAUGGCAGUGGAUACAAACCUUGGGUGAAUAACUAGUAAGACCCUUGGCUGGCCACCUGCAAAAGCAACAACGACCAAUGUUUGACCUUACCACUUUGGUAACAUUAUAAUGGAACCCAGAGUUUACAAAUUGCCCAAUAGUUAGGGAUACUGUGCCCAGUCAGGAUGUCACUUAGAAAGCUGUGACUUGCACUGUGCUAAUAAUAUGCUCCAGUUUUCUUCACCUUUUCCCUGUGGGAAUUUACAGAGUUUCAAUCCUUGCUGCUGCUAAAUAAUGAAUACACCUACACCCCCACCCAUCAUCUCCAUCCAUCAGUCUCUCUCCAGCUGUUAGACUAAAGCCACCCAAUCAGCGGGGAAAGGGAGGGCGGGGGCGCGUCGGGAAGGCUGGAGAGGAGCGGUGCCUUUUGUUAGUUAUAAGGAGAAAAGAAUCAGGGAGUAAGAACGGAACAGGCAGUGUCGGGCAGGUAAAGGGCCAAAGAGAUCCUGGCGUCACUCCCUGUCACACUGUUGCUUGCGUGACGUCACGGUUUCAUGCAAAGUGUCUGUCCGGCAGUUUAGGCUUUCCGAUCGGUCUUAUUAAAACCCCUCGACUGAUAAGUCGGCAAGGACGUGACGUCACACAAUGUGCAGCUGCCGUGACGCAAUAAGAUAGCGAGGCGCUCGCAGGUGCAGUAAGUUUGCCGUAACACGUGGCAGCGGCGCCCCCGGGACUGGCGGGACGGACAGCAGCGCCUCAACAGGCUGAACAUGGGGCGUGGGCUUGCGGCUGUGCUCCGUGUCCUCUGCCUUCUUCUCGGCUCUUGGGUGACAGAAGCAACUCAUGACACCGAACAGGUUACCAUUCAAACACCUGAGCUAAUAACAGCAAGCCCUGCCAUUCAUGGUACUGUGCCUACCUCCAUGGAGGAUUUCAAGACAGUCCAGGAUGAAACACGGAGACCCACCUUCGCAGGACAUAUGGAUUCCACUCUCCAACCUUUAAACAUUGAAAGCAUCACUGUGACAGAACAGCAUGUAUCACCGGCUGAUGUCAUAUUUACAAAUAAAAUGCCAGGAACUGAUCAUACAGCAGCAACUGAAACUAUUUCUGAAACUUCCACAGUGCGUGCCAACCCUGCCUUUAAUCCUAGCAAGGCAUUCUUUAGGCAAGACAGUAUGGAAAGAGAGGUAACAAGUGCAUAUCCUACCAAGCCUGAGCUAGUAAGCCAAUCGGCAACCUCUGCAAGUACCAUGAAGAUAACAGAUUCUAAAGACAGCCUUACCAGAAGAACAUCUCUAAUCAGUACUCAGGGGCUACCAGCAAUAAUGUCGCAGGCCAGCACUGAGCACUCUGCAGACACUACACAGGUUCCUAAUACAAGGACUGCUCCUUACACCAGUUGGCUGGCAGCUAUCACCACCAGCAUCUCCAUAACGACAACCUCAAAUCCUAGCAAUCCAGACAGAACAAGCUCCUUACUCACUCAUACUACUAGAGCAGAGGAACAGCAGGGGCCUGCAGUGCUGAACAUUGGAGAUGGUGGCAAAGAUGUGCCAAGUUACUACUCGAAGAACAACUCAAACCCCCUCUUUGUGAUGAUUGUGUCCAUAAUUACAGUCAUGGUUGUCACAGUUGCAGUCAUGGUUGGCUUUCAGCGUUACCGACGAAACAACAGUCGGACAGAAUUCAGACGGCUUCAGGACCUUCCAAUGGAUGACAUGAUGGAAGAUACACCACUGUCUCUGUACAGCUACUAGUGAAGAGUCAGUAGCAAGAUUGAGCUUCAUUUUGCACAUUGUUUUUGUUGUAUCCCCAGGAAAUUCCUGGAACAAAAAAAAUUUGAUUGGCCAUGCACCCCCAUCUUCUCCCUCUUUUCUCACUUCACCUUUAACUUUUUUGGGUACUUUGGUUAUGGCACCAGAAUACUACAACCAAAUGAAAUAUAUUGGGAUUUGGCUCAUUAAAUCAAGAAUGUACUAUUAACAGUUCAGUUUAAUUUGAUAAUUACUUAAUGUAAUUGUAGAAUUACUUCUGAAAUUCCAUCAGUAGGGACUUAUUUAUACAUCACAAGCAAGUAAACUGUCUGCAUUAGCUAGAUUUACUAAAUGGUGCCCCUCUGCUGAUGGGACAAACCUGUGAUAUAUAAAAACCUGUGACCCCUCCGGUGCUCACGAGUUACAGCACUCUGCAGCCAUUAGCAGAUAAGAGCCCUGAAAAUACAUAACAGUAGUAGGUAGGAAUUACACACAAAUGUUUGUGACUGAAAGCCAAAUAUUGCUGUUCUAAGGCAAAUUUCCAAGAUAUUAAAAAAAAAAAAAAAAGUGAGGAUGGUAUGGCUCAUACACAUAAUCCCAAUAUUGGCAACAGAAUGUGAUGCUUUACAUCACAGUGUUGCACAGUUUGUAGUAAAAAACAAAGAUUAUUAGACACAGUGGUUAAAGCAUACAGAACCCUAUUAGGCUUAUCUAUCAGUUUUCGAGUUUGUGAAUUUGAGUUUAUUGAAUGCUUGCUUAUUUAUUAAUAAGAAACUCGUUUGAAUAAAUAUCUCAAAUAUUUUGAGUUUACAAACUAUGGCUUGGCUUUGCCUAGGACAGCUCCCACUGACUUCUUUAGAAACGUGCAUGAUUUUAGAUGGUGAUUUUUUACUUUCAGGUUUGAGUUCUUUGCACUUCAUAAAUACCAGACAUUUGAGUUUUUGAACCAUAACUUGAAUGAGUUUUUUUAGAGUAAAAAAAACUCAAAUCAUGAAAAAAAAAAAUCAAACAUUAACCUUGAUAAAUAUCCUCCCAUGUGUUCAUUAGUCACCAAAGAUGCACCAAAUAUAUGAGGAGUGCACAAUUUUAAAAAUAUGCUUCUAAAAAUCCCAUAGGAGUGAUUAGAAUAGGGGUGGAUUUUUAUAUAUUAAACCCCAAUCUUACAUUUUGAUAAAUCUGCCCCAGAGUGUCAUGUGGACAUGAAAAGCAUAAGGUGAUAUUUCUGACUAUGGUACUUCACUAAACUGACCUACAUCUUGAAUCCUUCCUGGAGGUUUGCUCAUUGAGUGCCUUCAUUGUAUGGUGAUAUCAAAUAGCAUCCUCGGGGUGUACAAAAAUACAUGCAUAUUAUAUCAGUAUAAGUAGUUUGUGUAAGUGUGCAUAUGUGAUUAUAAUGUACUCUUCUGUGGCAUGUAAAGGCCCU